AUGUCUCAAGUUGAAGUUUGCACAAUUAAGAAAACAGAUCUUACAUGGUUCAGAGAGAACAAAAAAACAAAUUUUAGAAGACCAAUUAUGUUUCCUGACAAUGAAGGACAUAUAACUAAAUAUAUUCAAAUCAAGUUAAGUGAUAAGCAAAAUGUUCUUUUUGACAAAGAACGUCGAGAAUUUCUUAAACAGUAUAAAUUUGUUCUCGAUAAAGAUAAUAAUAUUAUUGAUAAAGCUA